CAGAAAGAUCGAGUCCGUCAGUUACAGAGCAUUUCGGACGGAUACGCAUCUUGACAACAGCCACGGGGGUGGCGAAAAACAACAAUACCCGUCUGGUCUUUGCCUCCGCAUUUGGUUCAGUUGAUGUAGGAUAAAUACAUUGCACCAACAAGGAAAAAAGAAGGAGGAAGUGGACUGCGGCGGCUGUUCUCGCUCGAGGCUUGGCACACCAGUCCCUCAUGAGGAGCAAAGCCAUCUGAAUGAAAAUGAAGACUAUUGACGAGCCGCCAUACCUGACUGUUGGUACCGACGUGAGCGCGAAAUACAGGGGAGCUUUCUGUGAAGCCAAGAUAAAGACUGCAAAGAGGCUCGUCAAAGUAAAGGUAACGUUUAAACAAGAUUCAUCAUCGAGGGAAGUACAGGAUGACCACAUCAAAGGCCCUUUAAAGGUGGGAGCUGUUGUUGAGGUGAAAACCCAAGAUGGAGCAUUUCAGGAGGCCGUAAUUAACAAGUUGACUGAUGCAAGCUGGUAUACAGUAGUGUUUGAUGAUGGUGAUGAAAAGACCCUGAGGCGCUCAUCACUCUGCCUGAAAGGAGGGCGACACUUUGCAGAAAGCGAGACUCUAGACCAGUUACCCCUUACAAACCCUGAACAUUUUGGCACUCCGGUUAUAGGAAAGAAGUCAAACCGAGGGAGAAGAUCAAAUCACGUCCCCGAAGAUGAAUCUUCGUCAUCUUCCAGUGAGGAAGACGAAGGGGGCAGACGACUGAACGAUGAAUUACUUGGUAAAGUCGUGUGUGUGGAGUGUACAAGUUCAGACAAGAAGGCGGCCUCUUGGUAUCCUGCUCUAGUUAUUUCCCCAGACUGUAAUGAUGAAGUUGCUGUGAAAAAGGAUAACAUUCUGGUUCGCUCAUUCAAGGAUGGAAAAUUCAACGCCGUUUUCAGAAAGGACGUCAGAGAAAUCAAUAGUGAAAUGGCUCCCAAACCUGAAGCUGGCAUGAAGCCAGCUUUGGACAGGGCUCUGUCGUUCUUGAAGAGUGGAGCCGUUCCCAGUAACUGGAAGACAGAGCUGAAGGAGGAGAGCUCCAGCAGCGAGGAAGAGGACGACAAGGAGGAAGAGGAAGAGGAGGAUGCUAGCAGCGAGGAUGACGAGGAAGUGGAGCCAUUUCCAGGAGAGAGAGAGAAUUUUCUGCAGCAGCUGUACAAGUUCAUGGAGGAUAGAGGCACUCCUAUUAACAAGAGGCCAGUGCUUGGCUAUCGAAACCUGAACCUUUUCAAGCUGUACAGACUGGUUCACAGGUUGGGGGGAUUCGAUAAUAUUGACAGUGGCUCAGUUUGGAAACAAGUCUACCAGGACUUGGGAAUCCCAGUACUCAACUCGGCAGCUGGAUACAACGUCAAAUGUGCCUACAGAAAAUACCUGUAUGGGUUUGAGGAGUACUGCAAAUCCACAGGCAUCAUAUUCCAGAUGGCCCUGCCAGAGAAAUCGGCCAGCUUCCCUGAGACAAGGAGGGGGGAAGAGGAGGAGAGCCUCUUUCACAAACCUGAACUGACAGCCGAGAAACCGGAGCAGGAGGAGGAGGAGGAGGAGCAGGCAUCACCAGAGACGGAGUGCAAAAAAGAAACGGAAAUCAAGCUCUUCAAGGGGGAAAAGAAAACGGAGCCAGAGUCACUGGCUGUAAAAGAUGACAACUACUUGGAGAUUCCCACUUUAAAAAAUGAGGAGGAAGAGGAGGAGGUGGAAGAUAAUGACGACGAGGAGGAGGAGGAUGAGAGAGAGGUACCCGAUGAUAACGCUGUUAACCUUCUUAAAGAAAACAUGAAACAAGACCAGUCAGAGGAGAAGGACCUGUCCGUGAAACAAGACCAGUCAGAGGAGAAGGACCUGUCCGUGAAACAAGACCAGUCAGAGGAGAAGGACCUGUCCGGGGAUGAAAGCAUUAAGGAGGGGGAAGGGGAGGAGUUUGAGUGUUAUCCUCCAGGGAUGAAGGUCCAGGUGAGGUAUGGGCGGGGGAAGACCCAGAAGCUGUAUGAAGCCAGUAUUAAGGAUUCGGAUCUUGAGGGGGGAGAGGUGCUCUACCUGGUGCACUACUGUGGCUGGAACGUGAGGUAUGAUGAUUGGAUAAAAGCAGACAAAAUUGUGCGUCCAGCUGAUAAGAAUGUUCCAAAAAUAAAGCAUCGAAAGAAAAUAAAGAACAAAAUGGAGAAAGAGAGAGACAAGAUGGAGAGAGCAGAAAGAGAGGAACUUUGCCCACACAAAAUGAACCACAUUGGGAGAUCGGCAAAAUCUUCCAUCAACAGCACACCUUCCGACAGCUUCUCAAAGCUGGAUAGUGGCGAAGCCAAGGGGGCUGAGCAAACUGCGCUCAAAUCCAUUGAAAUCACAUCUGUCCUCAAUGGGUUGCAAGCAUCUGAAAGCUCGGCUGAGGAGAGCGAGUGUGAAGAUGGAGAUGAUGAAGAUGAGUAUGAGGAAGAUGAAGAAAGCCAGGGAAAAAAAGAAAGGUUUGGUUCCCUCGAGAGCAUGCACGUUAUUGAGAGAUGGCAAGUCGGCCCCUCUCUGGAUGAGGAUCAGGAGGAGCUGAAACACCUUUCAGACACCCGAGACACUGUGAUGAAGAAAAGGGCAGAGCAGCAGGGUGAGGCAGAAUUGGAGAAGGAAGAGGAACUACAAAGAAAACUGGAGAUCAUACAGGAGGAAAGGGCAACAGAAAGACCGUCCAAAUCACAGAUGAAGCGCAAACAGAGGAACAGCAGGAUGGAAGAGUGGCUCCGAACAAGUUCCCACAAGCAGGUAGAGGACAGGGCCAAGCCAGUCAGCUUGGGGUUUACUGCCAGCAGUAGCUCAGAGGAUGAGGAUGAGCAAAAGCAGCAGCAGGAAAAAGAGGAAGAACACCAAAAAACCAAAAACACCCCGUCCAAGAAGUACAACGGCCUGGAGGAGAAGCGGAAGUGUGGACGGCCUGCAGGCUUCUGGGAUGUUCCGGAGAAAAGGCCCAAGCUCUUGGGCGGUUCAGAGGAGAGGCUGCCCAGCAGCCGAGCUAAAGGCCAGAAGGACGUCUGGUCCAGCAUUCAGGGACAGUGGCCCAAGAAGACUCUAAAGGAACUUUUUUCAGACUCUGACACCGAGGCGGCCAACUCACCUCCUCCCGUCCCACCCCCUGAAGAGCCCAAACAGGAACCAGCCCUCGAGGAGAUAACUGACCAGGAAAGGACCGAAGGGAAACUCUUAAACGAGGAAAUGGGGGAUAAGAGAGCAGAGUUCCCUAGCAGUGGCAGCAACUCUGUUCUCAACACGCCCCCCACCACGCCGGAGUCCCCUUCGCUGCCAGGGAGCAGGAUGGAGCCCGACAGGACUCAGGCAACCGCUCCUCCUGCAGCCCCUCCUCCACCUUCCGCUAAUCCCCUUCCUCCCCCUCCUGCUCCCUCAGUAACGGACCAUCAUCCUGUGCAGGAGGAGAGUGUGGGCGGCCGCAGUGAGACAGACAGCAGCACGGCGGAGGUGGAGAGCCUUGGCGGGGAGCUGCAAGAGAUUCGAUCCGAAGGAGGCGCUUAUCCCAUCGUCUUUGAUGCCACCCUCUCCUCCAAUAGCAACAGCAGCAGUAUCCCCAUUAACAGCAGCAACAGCAGCCUGCCAGAAACAGGACAUAAGGAGAAAGCAACGACGAGCCAAAAACGGCAAAAAGAUGAUCAGGGAGGUGUUUCAUCUAAGAAGCAGAAAAGAAGCCACAAAAAUUCAGGCACUCGCCACAAAAAGAGUCGAAAAACAGCACACAGCAGUGACAGUGAAGACCAGUCGGCCAGUGAAAAUGCUGCCAAAUCCCCUCCCACCAAGUCAGCAGCCAGCCUGAAACCUGCAUCGCAGACCAAGUGUCCGGGCAGGACGCACUCCCCAGGGAAAUUUAGCAAGCAUGGCAAUUCAGAAAACAAAGAGCCCAACAACCGCUCUUCCAGAGUGUAUAAAUGGAGUUUUCAAAUGUCUAAUCUGGAGAAGAUGACUAGUGUCGAGCGCGUAGCAUUCCUUCAAGAAAAACUACAGGACAUACGAAGUCAUUACCUUUCUCUCAAGUCAGAGGUGGCUUCCAUUGACAGAAGAAGAAAACGUUUAAAGAAAAAGGAACGCGAAAGUACGGGUGCUGCUGCAGCGUCGUCUUCAUCCUCCUCUUCGUCAUCUCCAUCCUCCAGCUCCAUCACAGCAGCGGUCAUGCUGACUCUGUCCGAGCCUGUGUCCGGCUCGUCUCAGAGCAGCGGGAGUGUGUCCGUGGAGUGCAGGUGACCCGCGGAGGACAUGCCCACAGCACUCUACACCAGACUAGCUCUCGGAGGCUGGGGGCCAUUUUUAAACUGACCGAGGCACAACAACAACAACAACAACAACAACAAUAAAAACAAUGAGCACUAUUUUCUAUUUACAGAUGUUUUCUUGGCAAGCUAACUCUGCACUUAAGUGCACUUUUAUGAAGGAAAAAAAUAUAACAGACCUGUGUUAAUGUAGUUUGUUUUGUUUAUUUUUUUGGGUUUUUUUUCUGUUUUGUAAGUUUUUCUUCAAGCAAUAAUUGUUUCCAAGUAGUCUGGGGAUUUUUUUUUUUUUUUUUAAUUUUUUAUUUAACAUCAACUUGAUAGGCCUUCCACUGUGUAAAAGGGAUUUCUGUUUACUUUAACUUCCCAGAGAUUCUGUCCAGUUUUCCCUUGGCAUAUUGCUAUAUUUAUAAGCUGCAACAGCUGCCAUGUGUUACCACAGGUUGUCUUUAUCAAGGCUGGACCAUUUGACCGUUUCAUUUUUGUUGAACUUCUUAGUCACUCAUAAGCACACACAAAACAUGUUCAGUUGUACAGGCCUAUUCAUUUUGAGCAGCAUUUUCACACAAUAAAUAUUGUCAUCAAUUUAGAAUUUAAGCAGUUUUAGUUGUUCAGACCACAAAUAAAGACUUAUUAAGCAUACCUCCUGCAUUUAUGUUCACAUCAGAUGCCUGAAUUGUUGAGUAGUUUUAAAAGGCCUGUUUGUUUAUGUUUUUGUUAUA